AGUUCAGGUUCGGCUCCGGCUAGAGCUCCCGAUUUAGGAAAAGGCCAGCGGGGCUGGAGGGCGCGGGUGUGCAGGCGGGAGGGAGAGGAGGCGGAGGGAGGUGGCCCCUGAUUGGUCGGGGAGGGGGAGUGGAGGCACGGAGUUUCCCACAAUGCCCCGGUGCGGUGCAGCCGCGGAUGGAUGCUGCGGGAAGGGGCUGCCAUUUGCUGCCCCUGCCAGCGGCGCGCGGACCUGCUCGCUCUCCUGCAGCGGCGGCCGCCGCCUGCGCCGCCAGCCGGCCCGGCCUCUGCAGCGGCGCCGCCUCUGCUGCCCGCGCGGUCGCCAUGAACCUCAGCUCCUCGGCGGGCGAGGAGAAGGGGGCGACGGGCGGCGGCGGCGGCGGCGGCGGCGGCGGAAGCGGCGCCGGGAGCGGCUGCCUGGGCGCCGAGGGCGGCGCGGACCCGCGGGGCGCGGGGGCAGCGGCGGCGGCGGCGGGGGCCGCUGCCCUGGAGGAGCCCGCGGGCGCGGGCGCGAGGGAGAAGGACGAGGCGCUGGAGGAGAAGCUGAGGAACUUAACUUUCCGGAAGCAGGUCUCUUACAGGAAAGCAAUCUCCCGGGCAGGCCUGCAGCACCUGGCUCCUGCACACCCCCUCAGCCUUCCCGUGGCAAAUGGUCCGGCAAAGGAGCCCAGAGCGACUCUGGACUGGAGUGAGAAUGCCAUCAGCGGAGAGCACCUGUGGCUGGAGACCAACGUCUCAGGAGACCUGUGCUACCUGGGAGAAGAGAACUGCCAAGUCAGAUUUGCAAAAUCCGCCCUGAGGAGGAAGUGUGCGGUCUGUAAGAUCGUCGUCCACACCGUCUGCAUCGAACAGCUAGAGAAGAUUAAUUUCAGAUGUAAACCAACAUUUCGAGAAGGGGGCUCAAGAUCACCAAGAGAAAAUUUUGUGCGCCACCACUGGGUGCACAGACGCCGGCAGGAGGGAAAAUGUAAGCAGUGUGGUAAGGGUUUCCAGCAAAAAUUCUCCUUCCAUAGUAAAGAGAUUGUGGCUAUCAGCUGUUCCUGGUGCAAGCAGGCGUUCCACAAUAAGGUGACCUGCUUCAUGCUGCACCACAUUGAGGAACCCUGCUCCCUGGGGGCUCAUGCUGCUGUGAUUGUCCCACCCACCUGGAUCAUUAAGGUGAAGAAACCUCAGAAUUCUCUGAAGGCUUCAAAUCGGAAGAAGAAGCGAACAAGCUUUAAAAGAAAAGCCAGCAAAAGAGGAACCGAACAGGAGAACAAAGGUCGUCCUUUCGUGAUAAAACCUAUCUCCUCACCUCUCAUGAAACCCUUGCUUGUGUUUGUGAACCCCAAGAGUGGAGGCAACCAGGGAACCAAAGUCCUGCAGAUGUUCAUGUGGUACCUGAAUCCACGGCAGGUCUUUGAUCUUUCCCAGGAAGGCCCCAAAGAUGCGCUUGAGCUGUAUAGGAAAGUACCAAAUCUGCGAAUUCUCGCCUGUGGUGGGGACGGAACGGUGGGCUGGAUCCUUUCCAUUCUGGAUGAACUACAGCUGAGCCCCCAGCCUCCCGUCGGGGUUCUCCCUCUGGGGACUGGCAACGACCUGGCUCGGACUCUCAACUGGGGCGGGGGCUACACGGAUGAGCCUGUUUCUAAGAUCCUUUGCCAAGUAGAAGAUGGGACCAUUGUACAGCUCGAUCGCUGGAACCUCCAUGUGGAAAGAAACCCAGAUUUGCCUCCAGAAGAACUUGAAGAUGGCGUCUGUAAGCUUCCUCUGAAUGUUUUCAAUAAUUACUUCAGCCUGGGAUUUGAUGCCCACGUUACACUGGAGUUCCAUGAAUCCAGAGAAGCAAAUCCAGAGAAAUUCAAUAGUCGUUUUCGAAAUAAAAUGUUCUAUGCAGGGGCAGCUUUUUCUGAUUUUCUACAGAGAAGCUCUAGAGAUCUAUCCAAGCAUGUUAAAGUUGUUUGUGAUGGAACAGAUCUCACCCCAAAGAUUCAGGAACUGAAGUUCCAGUGUAUAGUAUUUUUAAAUAUACCCAGAUAUUGUGCUGGCACAAUGCCCUGGGGGAACCCAGGAGAUCACCAUGACUUUGAGCCCCAGCGUCAUGAUGACGGUUAUAUUGAAGUCAUUGGAUUCACCAUGGCCUCUUUGGCUGCCCUGCAAGUCGGGGGCCAUGGAGAAAGACUCCACCAGUGUCGGGAGGUCAUGCUGUUGACUUACAAAUCCAUCCCCAUGCAAGUGGAUGGGGAGCCCUGCAGGCUGGCCCCGGCUAUGAUUCGGAUCUCCUUGAGGAAUCAGGCCAACAUGGUACAGAAGAGCAAGAGGAGAACAUCCAUGCCUUUACUCAAUGACAUCCAUCAGGUGCAAGCUGCCGACCUGCGGAGAGUGUCCGCCCCCCCUGGCUCCUUCACCAUUCCCCAGUCUGUUCCAGACCGCCUGAGGAUCCGGGUGAACAAAAUCAGUUUACAAGACUAUGAAGGAUUCCACUAUGACAAAGAGAAACUCCGGGAAGCUUCCAUUCCUCUGGGUAUUCUAGUUGUGCGGGGAGACUGUGAUUUGGAGACUUGCCGUAUGUAUAUAGAUCGCCUACAGGAGGACCUGCAGUCAGUUUCUUCUGGCUCCCAGCGAGUUCAUUACCAGGACCAUGAGACCUCCUUCCCCAGGGCACUCUCAGCUCAGAGACUCUCCCCACGGUGGUGCUUUCUAGAUGCAACAUCUGCAGAUCGCUUUUAUCGAAUAGACAGAUCUCAGGAACAUUUGCAUUUUGUGAUGGAGAUUUCUCAAGAUGAGAUUUUUAUUCUGGACCCAGAUAUGGUGUUACCCCAGCAGGUGGGGACACCUCCAGGAAUGCCUGACCUGGUGGUGGAGCAAGCCUCCGGAACGUCAGACUGGUGGAAUCCUGCCCUACGGAAGCGCAUGCUGAGCGAUAGCGGGCUGGGAGUGAUAACUCCGCACUAUGAAGACUCAGAUCUGAAAGAUCUCAGCCAUUCCCAUGUGCUACAGUCACCAGUCUCUUCGGAAGAUCACGCAAUUUUGCAGGCAGUAAUAGCUGGUGAUCUUAUGAAGCUAAUAGAAAGCUAUAAAAAUGGAGGCAGUCUGCUAAUUCAGGGACCAGACCACUGUUCACUCCUUCACUACGCAGCUAAAACCGGCAAUGGGGAGAUUGUGAAAUAUAUCCUUGACCACGGACCUUCUGAAUUGUUGGAUAUGGCAGACAGCGAAACGGGUGAGACCGCACUGCACAAGGCUGCCUGCCAGCGGAACCGGGCUGUGUGCCAGCUUCUCGUGGACGCGGGAGCAUCUCUGAGAAAGACGGACUCCAAGGGUAAGACACCGCAAGACAGAGCACAGCAGGCUGGAGACCCAGAUUUGGCUGCUUACCUAGAGAGCCGCCAGAACUAUAAGAUCAUUGGCCACGAAGACCUGGAAACUGCCGUGUGACCCUGGUAGACGGGCGAAGAGAACCUGGCAAGCGUAUCACCUGUGCCCUCCCGGCGGCUGGGCAGCUCCCCAGGAAGAAGCUGAUGGAAACCGUGAAUCUCUCUCUCUCCUGCAAGAAUCUAUCGGAGACCACGCCACCAGUUGUUAAGGGCUACCCAGAUGUACAACAGUCCAUGAUAGCCCACUGAGGAUGAGGCAGGAUAUCUGGAGAUGUGUGGAAGACAGAUUCCACAAAAUGUGGUCCUUAUUGCUUCCAGCAAGUAGCAUGAACUGUUUUCACCUGUAUAAUGUAUUUUAAAGAUUCAAAGGAUGUUUGUAUAAAUGGCACUGCUCCUCCCCCCAGGCACUCAUCUUUCCCCUGCUCCGCACAAUUCUGCUGUAACUACCCAUCAGUUUAAAAAUAUGAUAUGAUCCGUUCUCUUUACAUUCAGUCUUUGAGGACCACAAGACUGUCUGAAGGUCUCUUAAAACCCUCUGGAUGUCCUGGAGAAAUAUAACUGUAAAACCACUUCCAUUUCCAAGGUGAAAUAUACCAAGAUGACUUAG